UGUGGCCGUGGACUGGAAGCUGAGGAGAGGGCUUGGAGUCGCGUGCCAGGCCCGCGUGUGGCUGAGGCCCGUGUGGCCGGGUCCCACGGUGUGGCUGGUCCCGCAUAGCCAGGAGGCGGCCAGAGGACGCCCAGAGGAGCCACGUGUGCGUCGGCAGCGCUGCCUGACCUGCUAGUCGCCCUUCCCAGACACUCACUCCCUCGGAGACACAUCCCUGAUCCCCUGGAUACAUAGCCAUGGCCUUUUACGUCCACCCCAAUUGCCAGGUAGCGAGUUUCAUCCUCAACACCCUGGGAUGGAUGUUCUCCAUGAUUUCCAUGGGCCUAGCCAAGUGGCGCGUUUGGUACUUAUUGAGCAGCGCCGCCCCUUCCCAGGGGCUGGCCUCCGUAGGGAUGUGGAAGGUCUGCACUUACCAGCCCAACAGCCUCCAGAGCAGACCCAUAGCGUGUCACCGCUACACCUACAGUGACACCUACCUGCCACUGGAUAUCCGCAUUGCUCAGCACCUGCUGCUGGCCGCCAGCCUCCUUUCGUUCCUGGGGAAAGUACUCACGAUCAUGGGCCUCCGGAGAGUGUACGCGGGACAGCUUCAAAAGGACACCACCUGCAAUCUGUUCUUCAUUUCUGGAGUCCUGAGCAUCAUAGCUGGCACAUUGAUCUUCAUUGCUGUGAUCUGGAACUACCACUCAGUGAUAAAUGAAGAGGGCAUUCACUUCCCGCCAUCCUUCCACAUCGCCUCCAGGCCGGACUGGCAGGAGAUCGGCAGCAGCGUGCCAGUGGCGAUCCUGGCUGCAUUCUUAAUGUUGUUGAGUGGGCUGCUUACCAUCUCUUACCAGCUGUCUCCCGACAACCAAGUGUACCCUGAAGUCUCGCAAGGGUCAAAUUGCCGGGUGCAUAGCUUUGCAAAUCCACGAUGAGCAGUUUAUGGGGGUGAAGUAUUAUCAGGAUGCUCUAGGAAAUAGUUCCAAGGCCAAAAGUAAUUUUGACCAGAAAGUGGCCAUUUACUUCUAUGUCUAAAUUGGGCUCAUUGAUUGGUUAAAGAAGUUUCAUUAAAAUAAUUCCAAAA